GGUACGUCGACACAGUCACGUCUACACAUUCUCAGUUAGGAACAACACGAGAGGAAAGGAAAGAUGGCGACGAUGCAGAUGUUUGGAAGAACCGGUAACAAAAAGACGGGAAUCAUCCUCGCGGUGAUUGGAGGUCUGAUGUUUGCGAUUGGCAUUGCACUGGUAAUCACGGGCGCUGCGCUGCCCUGUUCUUUUGAUGAAGACGACUGGGACUACGACUGCAAUAGCAAACUUCCUCUCUUUAUAACAGGAGGAUUUAUGCUGCCUUUUGCAUUGAUUAUUCUGGGGUUAGGACUUACGAUCAUUUGCUACAUUCGUCAUGCAUCAUUAAUUACUUCUGUGUCUACGAGGACAGACAUGCAUAUAAGCCAUCAAUAUGGAACAACUACAGUAUCAGCACAGCGGACGGUAGGAAAUUCACCAUAUCCACAGCAGGCAGCAGUUCCUCCAUACCCACAGCAGGAAGCAGCUCCACCAUACUCACAGCAGGCAGCAGUUCCUCCAUACCCACAGCAGGAAGCAGCUCCACCAUACUCACAGCAGGCAGCAGUUCCUCCAUACCACAGCAGAAUCCGGUCCGUCAUACCCACAGCAGGCAACAGCUCCAACAUAUCCACAGCAGGCAGCAGCUCCACCAUACCCACAACAAGCAGCAGCUCCACCAUACCCACAGCAGGCACCAAUUCCACCAUACCCACAGCAGGCCCCAGGUCUCCCACACGAACAAGGCCCAAGAUCAGCCCUAUCCUGAAAAGAGUGCAUAUUAAGAGCCUCCACAAUGAGCUUACAUUGAGUACUCACCACGGGUAA